AUGCGCAUGACAUUUCUGGUUGCACACCUCAGCAGCCCUUCUGAACAGCUCUCUCCCCUGUGGCCGUGUGUUGAUGGCAGGAAGUUCACUCGCUGCUUUCGCGAGAACUUUCUGCGAAAGCACCUGGAAGAUGCUGCGCUUCUCCAGCACGUUUCAUUGGACGGAUAUCGUCAGCCGGUUUUUUCUAAGGGUUUCAAGCAGCAGCAGCAGCAGCAUGCGGAGGGGGUCGGUCCAGCUGCCCUGGCGUUCGGAGGGCUGUCGUUUGACGAGUGCACAGCCAUCUUUUUCGCCCCCAACGCGCGCCCCUGCCGCCACCCAUCUCUCGCACCCAACAUCUCAUCUUUCUCCACCCCUCCUCCUGUCUCCCAAGCUCCUCAUUUUGCUUCACAAGCUGCCACCUUUUCUGCUGCUGCUGCUUCUACCACCAAGUUCCCCUUGGCUCAUGAUGCCAUCCCCGUUGCUGCUGCCACUAUUUCCACUGCUCUGCGCCGUACAGUGAAGCGACCACGGGACGACUGCCUGGGCCUGGGGCCACACCAGUUGCUGCGAGGCGGGCAGGCGUGGCUGGGCGUUGGGUCAGAGAGUGCCCUUCCAGACGACGUGCUGCUGGGGUUCUGCUGUGAGGGCCCUGCCUUCACGCAGUGCUCUGCUCCUCCGCCCACCACCCAGCCACUCGCACCGCUGCCAACAUCAAUGCCCCCGCUGCUUACUGCUCUGUCUGGCUGCGCUCCUGGCAGCUGCAUUACAGGGACGGGUGCCGCACAGGAGCUGGAAUACCUCGAUGCGUGUCUUAACGUGCUCGGCGACAUGAUCAGCAUCGACAACAACACAGCCGAUGGCAACGACAACAACACAGCCAAUGGCAACGACAACAACACAGCCAAUGGCAACGACAACAGCACAGCCAAUGGCAACGACAACAACACAGCCAAUGGCAACGACAACAACACAGCCAAUGGCAACGACAACAACACAGCCGAUGGCAACGACAACAACACAGCCAAUGGCUAUGACAACUACACAGCUGAUGGCAACGACAGGAACGGCAAGGAUGCUCUCUAUCUCGACACGCCUGUGGCGGACAUGCUGCUGGGUGGGCGUGCCCUCACCUCCUCCGUGCACUGGGAGGAGUGGGCAGUGGAGCAGGGUGGGACCAGCGGGAGAGAUGCUCAGCCGCACCAACACUAG